AUGUCAUUGUAUCAGGCCAAAACGAUGCAAAUUCUCUUCAAACUCAACUGUGUCAUCCUUUUUGCAACUUCGUUGGUAAAUUUUAAUUCAUUUUCGGAUUUAUCAACAGUCGAUGGUUUGUUGCCCACUCUGUUGGCGGCUUCGUUAUGGAAAACGCAUGUGAGACAGAGAAACGGUCAAGCUGCAAACGACGUCGCAAAUACAAGGGACGAUUACUACGCUGAACAGCAAAAUCAAGUCGUUUAUCUUGACGACAUUGUCGACAAUUCACACGCAGAACUGAAAGUGAAACACAAAGAAUCGUACGUGAAACCGAGCCGAUAUGGCAGCAGCGCCCUACCAGCAAUCGGUUGCCGACACGAGUCAACACCACGCCGAUUACGCGUCGGAUGUCGAUUAUACGCCUACGAUAGCGAUCCGUAUUACUAUGGUGAUAAGCCUAAUUGUGACGAAGGUAUUAUUCGAUUUUAUAUUCGAUUUCGUUUCGGUCGGCUUGGUAACACUGAGAUUCGAUCGCAGACAAAAAAGAAGAAAAAGAAACCGUGGGACGAUUUGUCGAAGAAGAGCAAGGCCAGCAUCAUUUUAGGCUCGAUUGGAUUAGCUCUAAGCAAAUUAGGAUUAAUUUCAUUUUCUUCAAUUGCUACUUCGACCGACACGACCACCACAUCUACCACGUCGACCACAUCGACGACGACGCCAUCGACCACGACCCCAACGACGACCACACCAACGACGACGACACCAACGACGACGACAACUACAUCUACGACGACGACCACAACGACUACGACGACGACCACAACGACAAUGAUGCCAAUGACGUGUGCAACUCAAGUAUCAGAUGCCACGGGAUCGUAUAAAACGAUUCGAACUCCAGGCACUCAGGUGGAACAGUGUCUCUCCAUCACCGUAGCUACGGGCAGCCGAAUUCAAAUGACCUGCACUUCCAUCAACGUCUCCACUGGCACUUACGUCACCAUCUUGGAUCAAUCCGGUACGAGCAUCGUUGCGAAUCCACCCAUCUUAAACACAGCGUACACCACAGCGGACAACACGUUGAUUAUCAAAUCGCUCGCCAGCAGUGCCAACGCCGAUCAGCUGUGCUGCGAUUGGGUUACAGUUUGA